UAUCUGGCAUUUAUAAUAAAAUAAAUUCGGUUGUGUUGCUUAUGUGGUAAUUUCAAAAAGAAAAGAAAAUAAAUAACUGAUCUCUUAUGAUUAUGACUGUCAGUUCAGAUAGUGGUUAAUUGAAUUAAAAUUUCAAACGAAACAAGAAAAUUGAUCGAAAGUUCUAAUAAAAAAAAAAACAUAAAUUGAAACAUUUUGACUAAAUCAACAUAAACACGGCUACAACAACUAAAUCAAUCGAUUGAUAGUUUAAAAGGAAAGAAGAAAACACUACAUUGCUUUGUUGUUGACAUCGAUUCGGAAACGUAUUUGUACAAUCGCGCAAUACAAAACAACUAUAGAGAACCAUAUAAUAAACAAGCAGAGCGUAUUUAUAAUACAAUUAAGCAGAAAGUACAAAGCCACCAAGAAACUUUUUCGCUGAGAGAGAAUAAUAAAAACGCAGUUAACAAAUCGAACUGAACGAUAAAUACAUAAAUAUGUCCAAUCUACGACAAAUUCCGUUGACUUGCAGCGGUCACACACGGCCCGUUGUGCAUUUGGAUUUCAAUCGUGAUAUUACCGAAUGUGGAUACUUCUUAAUAUCGGCUUGUAAAGAUGGUAAUCCGAUGUUGCGGCAAGGUGAUACUGGAGACUGGGUUGGAACAUUUGAAGGUCACAAAGGUGCUGUGUGGGGUGUCGCGCUCAACAAAAAUGCAACAUUGGCUGCAUCUGGUGCUGCCGAUUUUUCUGGUAAAGUAUGGAAUGCGAGUAAUGGGGAAGAAUUACACAGUUUUAAACAUAAGCAUAUUGUGAAAACAGUAAGCUUUGACGAAAAUAGCGAUCGUUUGAUAACCGGAAGCAAUGAAAAAUUGAUUCGCGUAUACGAUUUGAGUCAACCGAAUUGUGAACCACAAAUUUUUUCUGGUCAUGGUGGCCCACUUAAGCGGGCAAUUUUCUGUCGAAAUGAUAAAUACAUAAUCAGUGGUGCCGAAGAUAAAACGCUUCGCUUAUGGGAUCGGUCGAUAGGUCAUGAGGUGCAACGUAUUGAGUUUAAUGCACAUCCAAAUAGCAUUGAAUUGUCAGCCGACUACAAUAUUUUGACAGUGACACAUGGCACAAGUGUCAGUUUCUGGGAGACUGAUACAUUGAAAAAACUCAAGGAGAUUACUGUACCGACGUCAGUGAAUACGGCUAGUUUACAUCCUGAUAAACAUAUAUUUGUUUGCGCUGGUGAAGAUUUCAAAAUGUACAAAUACGAUUACAUUACCGGCAAUGAAAUUGAAUCAUUCAAAGGUCAUUUUGGGCCAGUGCAUGCAGUGAGCUUCAGUCCAGAUGGAGAAUUGUAUGCUAGCGGAUCAGAAGAUGGCACAUUACGUUUAUGGCAAACAACGGUGGGAAAAACAUAUGGUCUAUGGAAAUGUACUGAACCUGGUGAGGCAAACAAUUCGAUUAAUUCUCAGCGAGAAGUACCAGCCAACUAAAAUCAUAUUUUUGGAAUGAAAGAUCUGAUAGACUUGAAGAAAAAUACAAUAGAUCAAAAUCAAUGUGCCCAAAAUUGGUAUAAAUGUGCAACUUGCUUGAUUUUUUACAUUUAAAUGAUGAUACACAUUGAGAGCAUCCUGUGCACAUAUCAAGCCUAUACUUCGUUCAUAUGGAAAAUCCGUUGGCACUUUUCCAUCGAUUUUGGACUCACAAAGGGAACUCGCCAAAAAUCUUUUCUAUCAUCCUUUUUUUAUUUUAUUAAUUAUUUGGAGCGAUGUGCAAAUAAAAUUGUUCAUUAGAUCAUACAAUUUCUUCACGAAUUCGGGAAACAAACCAAAAGUUUUGGUAUUUUUUUCUAUUGUUUGAAAUUAUCUAGAAGUUUCUCAAGUUUUAGAAAAGACACUUUUUUUAAAUUAAACAAAGUAACAAAAAUAAACGAACGAAAACAAACAGCCAUGAUUUACUACUUCAGGCAUUUAUACAAUAAAA